UCGGGGGCAACGGACGUGUCGGCCCGAGCUCGCCCUGUCGUUCGGAAUCGCGUAUACGUGAAAACAGUUUUCGUUGUAUUUGCAUACGUGGAGUGACUUGUUUUCUACUUUACUCUGAUGUGAUGUGACUUAUAUUAAUUAUCGGCGAGGAUUUAUCAUAACAGACGACUGUGACAACUCAAUUAGUUUUCAGUGCUUAUGAAUAAUAAUUGUGGAUUGUUUUGGCGUUAUUAAGGUGAUGCGCUUACGCAUGUGAAGAUGGCGCGGGGGGACGUUCUCCUCGUGCUAUGGGUGGUCGCGGUCGCCGCCGACAAACAUGAUGUGUUGAACACGACAGAGGUGGAGCGCACCACAGCGGUGCCGACCCCGUCGCUGCCAAUGCGGCCCGAAUACGCCCACCCGGCCGGAGUCGAAGCAUUAGACCCUUACAACUCUGAAAAGAACAACCCGCCGCCCCACCACCGAGACUACCUCGAAGAAGAUUACGACCACGAAUCGAACAAAGAAGACGACCACGAAAGUCGAGAUGAUGUCGACGAACUCCCAUCUCUCACAGGAGACCACCUCCAAAGCUCAACCGACGAUCUCCCAAUGUUCCUUCAGGAACCCCAACACGCAUUUGUUGUUAGAAACAAACCAGCAACGCUGAGAUGUCGCGCAGCAAAUGCAUUACAAGUGUAUUUCAAGUGCAACGAUGUUCGCUCGGUCGCGAGCACGCAGUUUGAAUUUGUGGAUCCCCAAAGUGGUGUUAGAAUCGUUGAAGCAGAGUGUAAUGUGACGAGGGACCAGUUGGAGGAGUAUUUCGGGGAAGAUCGGUUCACGUGCACGUGUUUCGCUUGGAGUAGCAGGGGUGAUAUCAGGAGUCAGCCAGCUGUCGUCGAAUUAGCAUAUCUCAAGAAGCAGUUCGCCAUCUCCCCAUCCCCAACGUCAGUGGAGGCUGGAGUCGCUGCCACUCUCCGCUGCUCGCCGCCUCAGGCUGCCCCCCCUCCGAGGAUAUCCUGGCUGAAGCAUGGAUCUCCGCUACAGCAGGAUCACAAUGUUCUUAUAUCGGCGGAGGGGAACCUGCUCAUAUCCAGGGCUACGCUGCAGGAUAUGGGGAACUAUAGCUGUGUGGCAGAAAACAUAGCUGGAAAGAGGAUAUCUGAACCCGCCCUCCUGACUGUGUAUGUAAACGGUGGUUGGAGCUCCUGGUCAUCCUGGUCUCCCUGCCGCUGCAACGGUCGCGCGACGGGAGGGCAGCGACGCACGCGCACCUGCACCGAACCGUACCCUUUGAAUGGAGGCGCGCAUUGCCAAGGCCAAGCCGUGCAGAGGACGUCAGACUGCGUGCCGUGUCAGAGCGAAACGUACAUGGAUAAUACUCAACAAUUGCUUGUCGCUCUCCCCGGCCGCUGGGGCACCUGGUCCGAGUGGUCGGUGUGCGAGGCUGACUGCCGGCAGAGCAGGCGGCGAGCUUGUACUGGAGACACUCCUUGCUCUGGUCAGCACGUGCAGUAUGCGGACUGCGUUGGCGAUUACUGCGGGGUGCAUGGAGUGGCCGCCCACAGCGACGUACCGCUGUACAUCGGCAUAGCAGUGGCCGUGGUGGUGUUCCUGGCUGGUGCCGCGGUGGUGUACAAGCUGCUUCAGAGGAAGACCAGGGACCACUCCUUGUAUACCAUGACGAGGACCGAUUUCCAACCAGAAAUGUAUCCCACGGUAGAGAAGCAGUCCCUCUCUUUGGCUCCGGACCUGAUGCAGCACCGGCCACCACGCUAUGAGCACCCGCCGCCAGACACACGCGCCGAACACCACUAUGACGUGCCCCAUCUGACCAACAGCUACGCAUCUCCUGUAGACCACCAGGUUACUCCGUGCGCGUCGAGCAAAGGCCAGAGUGAUGACUACGACAGCAAGCCAUACAGCGAAUCCGAACAUUCUGCGUCCAGCUGUUUUACUAGCUCCGGCUCCAUGUACGACGCAGCCAACGAAUCGGUGACUCUUCAACUCGCAGAGCUGGUCUCCAACUCCCCAACUUCCCAGUCCCUAUCAGUCGCCUCCGCUGGUGCAAGACUCGCCCUACCAGCAGCUGGCGUAGCCCUUUCCAUUCCCGAAGCUGCCCUCAGCAGGGGCCGACGGGAACAGAUGUACGUCGCCGUCGUCAAAGAUGACAGAUACCGGCCUAGACUCGGCAAAGGUAUCACGCAACUCAGCCCGGUAGUUAAAUGCGGACCUCCACGCCUCCAAUUAAAUAAGUCAGUAAUACUACAAAUACCACACUGCGCUAGCCUCAAACACGGGUUCUGGAACCUCACUCUGUACGCGAUAGAUCACAAUAACGCAAAAACCGAUAACACGCAGCCACAAUGGAAGAAAGUCGUCAGCCUCGGCCAGGAGACAAUCAACACGCCAGUCUUCACGCAACUCGAUAACGAUAAAAUUUAUCUCGUCACAGACAUGCUGUCGACUUUUGUCUUAGUUGGCGAAAGUUUCAACGGGAAAGCCGUUAAGGCGCUCCAACUUGCCGUAUACGCGCCUGCUAAUCUCAACGAAACUAGCUCCGAGUACAGCAUUAGGCUUUAUGUGUUCGAAGACACUCCGUGCGCGCCCUAUUACUGUCAGGAGCAGGAGAAAAAAUUAGGCGGAGUUCUGCUCGAGCGCACCAAAACGCUGCUGUUCCAAGACGGCGGAUCCAAUCUGUGUUUGAAUUUGGAACACGUCAGCCCCGGCUGGAAGGCGAAGCCCGGCAUCGGCUACCAGGAGAUACCCUUCAAUCACGUCUGGAGCUCAAACUACAACGCACUUCAUUGCAGUUUCGUUCUAGAGCGGACGCACGAUUGCGACAAUAUUGACUUUAGCAUUUCCGCAUGUCAAAGGACCAAUCCGUCGUACAAACAGACGUUCCGAAUAUCCCUCGAGGACGUUCGGAGUCGAUCGCCGCGGGGGCGUUCACCCCGCGCCGAAUCUCAGCGUAGUUUCAACAUAACCGAGAAUCUUUUGGAGGCUCGUAUGUGCCGAAGCGAGGAGGGGGGCGACGCUAAGAGGAGCGUUACGGUGAGCGAGGCAGGAGUCACGGAGUGUGCAGGCGAAGGCCCAUUUAAAUUAAGUGCUCGAAUAAAACGGCAGCUAUGCGCAAUAUUGGAUCCGCCGAACGCUCGCGGCAACGACUGGCGCGCGCUGGCGUCGCGGCUCGGCGUGGAUCGGUACACCACGUGGUUCGCGACUAAGAGCUCGCCGACCGAAGCUAUCCUCGAGCUAUGGGAGUGUCGCGAGCGCGGCCCAGGAGCUACCGCCUCCCUGGCCACGGCGUUGCGACAGAUGGACCGCCACGACGCCGCCGACCUACUCCAAGGGAGACCGUCGUGGUUAUGAAUCAUCAGGGAAUCCAACCUCGACUUCAACUGAACGAGGUAAGAUCAUUGUGAGUGAAAGACAGUUAAGUGGACGGUAUGUUGGUAAACUAAUCUGUAGUUUAAAUGUUACGUUAGAACAACUAUAGUUUCGUAGGCCGACGGCCUAUUGUAAAAUCGUCGUAGUAUAUUUUGUAUAGAAUGCUAUCUAUGCUGUAGAUAAGCGAUGGGGAAGUAAAUUAUAUUAUAGUAGCAAUAAUAGUGCCUACAAUUGUCUUUUAAAGAAACACUGCCAACCGUUAGUUGGUGUCGGUUGAUUAUUUUGUUAAUUUUUAUAAGUGUUUGAGUGUUCAUUACAAUAUCGAAAAAUUUAUCGCUUAGUUCUAUUAUUAUUUGCUUUGGUGAUUAGUUUUUGUGCUUUUUGAGUAUUCAAUCUUGUGCCAAAUCUCGGAUGCCACUGCACUAUUUGGCAAUAAUCUAAAAUGUUAUACGCAAUUGAUCGGAGCUUAUCGUUACGAUGUAAAGUAGUGUUUUAUAAUUUCGUACUUUGAUACUCUUAAGGGUCUACUUUCAGUAAAUAUGUGGACUUUUGAAUUAGAUUGUAUUUAAUCGAAUCACGUGCUUAAUACACCUGCUUCCGUACCAUGAACUCUUUAAACAGCUAAAUACUUAAUUUUAAUAAUUUUCCCAAUUUAGAACUUUAUAAAGACGUCACCACUACUAGCAAUCCAUUUAAUAGAAAAUCUCUAUUACUCUAUGGACUUUUGGUCUGAAACUAUAUUCGCAACACACUUGAAAAUUAUAUUAUCUUGCUAUAGGGAUACUCGGGCAAUUUUUCGGGCAAUAACUGCUCUAUUUAGAGCUAUUAACAAACUGCAACAACUGUUCUAAAUCGCUCAAUUUUAGCUUUCUAUGACGUCACUGCAGCGUUUGUUCUAAAUUGCUCCACUUUUGCUUAACCUAUGACGUCAUUGUAUGAGCUCGUGGUACGGUCGCUCCAAUUUAAGUUACGAAUAUGGACUACACUUAAAAAGACUUGAGCUGAUUGCAUUUACUUUUGACUGUAUGAAAUCAUGCUGUAUUGUAGUGUUAGUAGAGUCAACUUUAUGAAACCGACCGUGAAGUAUAUCUAACUUGAAACGUAUUUUUGAAGCAAUAUAAUUCCAAUUCGAAUACAAUGUUUCACAAAUCGUACCUAAAAUGUAUGUAGGUACAGUUUGUGCAGUCUCGUAUGCGAUAUGUAUUUCGAUUGCUUUCGAAAUACGACUCCAAAAUCUUGUUGUUUGAUCAAUCAUUCAAAAUGUAUUCUGGUUAUUAUUAUUUGGUCUUGUUUCAUAACGUUUAUCAUCUGUUUUGAUUUUGGAUGGUUUUUAAUAAGUAGUUAGAAUUGGUAUAUAGUGGGAUCAUUGGUAUAUAAACGAAGGAAAUGGCGAUCUUCACUGCCAUCAAAUUUUGCUAAAAGUCUAACUUGUCUAUAUACAGUUUGGUCCUACAUAAAGUACAUAAUUAAAAGGCUUAGUUAUUAGUCAUUGGGAACUUAUUGGUGGUAGAAUUAAAGCCUAUUUAUUUAUGUACUUUAUCAAGACCAUACUGUAUAUUCACAUGAAGGAUUAUUUAAAUUUGUACCUUUGGAAGACCAGUUUGAAAGUAUUUGUUUCUAAAUAAAAUUCUUAAAAUGCAAUUUAUAUACAUUAUUCCAGCUUUUGACUGUCUAACGGCCUAGUUAUUUCACUUUUAGACUCAUAGUUAUUUUCAUGAAAUCGCUUAAAACUUCGAACUCUGUAUAUAAUGUACUAGUAUGUAAAUACUUGUAUCCCGCAACAAGUAGCGAUCGUAACCAUGAUUUUGUAAAUGAAUAUAUAUAUACAACGCCACCGUAGACUAUAUAUAUUUUUGUUAACGUGAUGACUAUUAAAAUAAAUGGAUCUGUGAUACUUAAAAUAAUAUGAAAUAAAUUAUGUUUAACUGUGCA